AUGAGAGGAGGGGGCAGUAGCGCCAAAAGAAAAAGAGUGGGCAAUUUCAUCAGAAAAGGGGAAGUAGAUAUUAGUUUUAUUCAGAAGACUAAAUUGGGUAGUAUAGACAAAGGAUUAGUUUGCAAGCUGUGGGAAGACUCUUUAGUGGACUGGUCCUAUGCGAAAGCGGAUAGGGCAUCAGGUGGUUUGCUGACUAUGUGGAAGAAGGACUAUUUCAAUCUAGUUUUUAGCUUUAAAGAUCAAGGCUACCUAGGUCUUUGUGUGGAAAAGAACGGAAAGUUGAUUUACUUUGUCAACAUUUACGCUUCUUGUGAUAUUAAUAGGAGGAUGGAAUCUUGGAAGAGGUUGAUGGAGUUCAAGCUGAAAAAUGAUAAGGGGGCUUGGUGUAUCGGAGGUGAUUUCAACUCUAUCUCGUCUUUGGAAGAAAAAGUUGGUAAAUCCGGUAGGAGUAGUAAAAGGGAGAUGUCGGUUUUCAACGCUUUCAUAGAAGGUAUGGACUUGGUGGAUCUUCCAACUAUUGGAGGAAAAUUUACUUGGUUCAAUAGUAACGGUCAAGCUAUGAGCCGAAUAGAUAGAUUCCUUCUUUCGGAAGAUUUUAUCGAAGAUUGGAAGGUCAAUUCAUUGGAACUAGAGACGUCUCGGAUCAUGCAUCGAUUUGGUUGA